UCCACUGCCAAAUUGCUACCCAUCAAAAUAAUCGCUCUGAUUCUGGGAGGGGGAGAAAGAGGGAGGGAGGCAAUGGCGUCCGUUGCAGGCAUGUCCAUUUUGAACUCAGCACCACCAACAAGAACAAGAGCCAUUUUACCUUUGUUGGUUGCUGAUGUUGUAACUCUUAUGCAUCCAUGCUUUAAUUCACUACACGGAUGCACUAACAAAGUAAAUAUCCCAUUCACACAUAUGGAGGCGAUCAGUAUGAGCUUGCCGUCAAGAGCAUUCAAGGAUUUUUCAAGGUUAAAGAAUAAGGUUGCUGCAACAAAGGGAGUCUUUGCUGUAUGUGAACCCCUUCCUCCAGAUAGGCCACUAUGGUUCCCCAGAUCAUUUAAAUAUAGUCGAUGUGCAUUCCAAUACCCAGAUAAGAGUUUUCUGUCGAAAUCUAGCUUGAAAAAUGGAAGGUGGUAUUUGGAGAAAGGUAGGGGAAGUGAAUAUGGAGGUUCAGAGAUGAAGAAGAGGAAGGAGACCAGUGGGAAGAAGUACAAGAAGUAUGAGAAGAGUCCCAUCGGUGGACGUAAUGGUCCUUCUUGGGAACUUGCCGCCAAUAACUACUUUUCAAAAGGUAGAGAUGAUGCUAUGAAUGAGAAUGUGGAGGUUCUAGUUGGAGACAGUGAGAUUGAGAAGAAGGCCACCAUGAAAACAAGCUACAAUAAGUUGGAAGACAAUGCCAGAGCCUAUCUUUCAGUGGAUAAUAGAGGUGGAGUGGAUGAUAGCAUGAGAAAGAAAGUUGGAUCAGGAGGUGAUAGAGGAGGUCUCAAAGGCAGGUGGAAGAGAAACCAAUCUUUUGGUGGUGAGGAGGAUGGGGCGAAUGACCACCAUUUUCUGCAAGGUUGGAGUAAGACAGCAAUGAAGGGAAAAGAUUGGAUGCCCCAGGAAGCAGAAGAUGAUGAAGAUUCUGAUGAGGAAAAUGAAGCGGAAGAGGGGAAAAAGAAGCUUACCAGCAAUUCAAGAUGGAGUGGAAUUAGGGACAGAUACAGUAGAGUCCUGGAUGCAAGAGAUGAAUUUGAUAAGCCAGAUGUUGUUCAAUGGAACAGGCAAGAGAACUGGGGUCAGAAGGUGUGGAAGGAAGCUCAUGAAUCCACUCUGCCAAAGAUAGUCGGUGAGGUGGUUUAUGGUGUUGGCCCUGUUCUAGCUGCAUUAACCACUGGGAGGAGAGAAUUUUAUGUUCUGUAUGUUCAAGAAGGUUUGGAGUUGGGUGGCAGCAACAGGAAGAAGGACAAGAAAAGUGUAAAAAUGGUGAUGAGGAUUGCGGAGAGGAUAGGACUGAGCAUGAAAGAAGCAUCAAAGCAUGAUCUCAACAUGCUUGCAGAUAAUAAGCCUCACCAGGGAUUCAUUCUUGAUGCAUCUCCAUUGGAUAUGGUGAGCAUUAGGCAGUUGGAUGCUAGUUCAUGCAAGGAAGAACAAGGACCCCUUUGGGUUGCUCUGGAUGAGGUCACCGAUCCCCAUAACUUUGGCGCUGUAAUUCGGUCUGCUUAUUUCUUUGGUGCAGCAGGAGUGGUAGUCUGUGCCAAGAACUCUGCUCCUUUGAGUGGGGUUGUUAGUAAGGCCAGUGCUGGUGCGCUUGAAUGCAUGGAGCUGAGGUCUUGCAGGAAUAUGAUGCAGUUUCUGUCAAUGUCUGCUGAAAAUGGGUGGCGGGUUCUUGGAGGUUCAGUCUCUUCAAGGGCUUUGCCACUAAACGAGGUCCCUUCUGCUGGUGGGCCUACCAUUCUAGUGUUGGGUAGUGAAGGAAAAGGGUUGAGACCUCUGGUCGAGCAGUCAUGUACGCAGUUGGUAAGGAUCUCUGCAAAUUUUUCUGUUGGUAAUGGUGAGGAUGAAUACCAAGAUGAAAGCGAGAGAUCCUCAGGUGUAGAGUUUCAGUCCUUUCUUGCUGUUGAGAGCUUGAAUGUCAGUGUUGCUGCAGGCAUUCUUCUCCAUCAUUUAUCUGGAAAUGCUAAACCCAGGUCGAUCCUAGAGAGUGUCCAGGCCAUUGAGUGAAUUCUCAAAGUUGAAAUUUAUCAUAGAUGCUGUUGUUUGCGUCCUUUUUCUUCUUCUCUCUCUUUCUGCUCCUUGUUCCGGAAUAUAUAUUUGUUUUGGAAUGUACACAAUUCCAUGGGAAGAGAAAAAAGAUCAUGACCUAUAUGGUCUGCCAAACUGAAA